AUGUUUCAAAAGAUUUACCUGCGCUAUGCUGGCUGGGGGUCCUCCAUCUUCGGUGCAGAUCUGCUUGGUCACGGCCGCCACGUCGGAUUAUGUCGGGGAUUUGAACAAGGUGGCGCGGGGUCUCCCCGACAACUUUUCAAGAGCAUUGGGGUUAGUAAUGUGUACAAUGACCUGCUGGCGUUCCUGUCCAGGAAGUCGAUGGGAGGGGUCGUGACGCAACUGAUGCACUUCCUGUCGGAGGAGGAUCUGGGGACGGACCUCUUUUUCACAGCGCCGCUUUUUGUGAUCCUUGUGCCAAUGAAGCCGUCAAUGUUAAUUUUGGUCCGCUAA